UGGCGGCGGCGUUGGUGGUGGCAGUGGACGGGGCGGCUGGGCCUGGAACAGUCGGAGCAGCCGCUAGCAGAAGGAUGACCCAAGACGGGAAGCGGGCUGCUGAGCCUCGCCGAUUCCCGUGCUUGUAACUGCCCCAGCCGGACACCCCCCCCUCCCUUGACCUACCCGGUCUGUGUCUCGUUCCGGCUCGGCCUGCGCCCCCACUCCGCUCCCCAGCCGGUUUCCCCUAAGGAUGGGCCUGACCCAUUUCCCAAGCUCUUAGCGCUCAGGUCUUUUCCUUCUGCCGACCCGAAGUCAUCGCUGGGAGUACUGGUUGCCCUUUCCUCAGGUCAGCCCUUGUGUUGCCCCCAAGAGUCAGCCGCACAGUUCACAGGGACGCCUUGCUUUUGGGUGACCCAUGUGUGCGCUCCUAUUUCUCCCCUUAGUUGAGGGACACGGCUCGCCCUGCGUCUCCCCGUCACCUCAGGGCCACCGCGCAAUGUGUCCCCCUCCCCCAUCCCAAGUUCCCAGGCCCAGCACCUUGUACGGAAGGCGGAGGUCCGAGAAUUCCGGAGUCGGUUGUUGUCUUGUGGUCUUGUACCCUUUGUAACAUAAUUCUCUUAGUUUACCUCUUCUAACUCCCAAAUCUUUUAGGAUAUCUUAGAACGGUCCCAUUUGGUCCCUGUUAGUUGGAAAGCAUCUGGUGGCUUGAAUUUCUGACUCAUGAUUGUUACUGGAGUCUCUGUAAACAAACCGGCACUAGCGCUAUCACAUUCUGUCCGGGAUUUCCCCCCCUGCUCUGUGGCUUCUUGUUGAGAGGUUGUUUGGUUAUGGUUUAGCGUUGAAAAGAUUCAGGUUAUCCUUUUAAAUGACUUUACGUUUUAUUGGAGCUGGGAGAUUACUUACCUGGCUUCUAAUCAUCAUGUUGGUUCAUUUUAUUUCCGUAUGUGUGUGGGUUAUUUGUUCAGUAAUUAGAAUUAGAUCAAGUAUUCUGCUUUUAAGUAGUUUUGAGAAGGCCUAAAAAUACUAAAGUGUAUUCAUAAAUAUUUUUAUUAUAUUCAGUAGAAGACACACCUUUGCCAUGUAAAUUUUAACUUUUCUCAGUCCUUCAGUGAGUCUACAGACCUAUUUUCUCAGGAGCUCAGCCUGGCCUUCAGUGAUAAAAGGAGGAAAGGAAGCCUGUCUAGCAGUCCAGAGGAGAUGUCUGGAGCUGAAGAAGGGAGGGAGACAUCCUCAGGCAUUGAAGUGGAGGCCUCAGACCUGAGUUUGAGCUUGACUGGGGAUGAUGGUGGCCCCAACCACACCAGCACAGAAAGUCGAGGCACAGACACAGAGAGCUCAGGUGAAGAUAAGGACUCUGACAGCAUGGAGGACACUGGUCAUUACUCCAUUAAUGAUGAAAAUCGAGUCCAUGACCGCUCAGAGGAAGAGGAAGAGGAGGAAGAAGAGGAGGAAGAAGAGCAGCCUCGGCGCCGUGUACAGCGCAAGCGGGCUAACCGUGACCAGGACUCAUCAGAUGAUGAGCGGGCCCUAGAGGACUGGGUGUCCUCGGAAACAUCAGCUCUACCCCGACCUCGCUGGCAAGCCCUCCCUGCCCUUCGGGAGCGGGAGCUGGGUUCAAGUGCCCGCUUUGUCUAUGAGGCCUGUGGGGCAAGAGUCUUUGUGCAGCGUUUCCGCCUGCAGCAUGGGCUUGAGGGCCAUACUGGUUGUGUCAAUACCCUGCACUUUAACCAGCGCGGCACCUGGCUGGCCAGUGGCAGCGAUGACCUGAAGGUGGUGGUGUGGGAUUGGGUGCGGCGGCAGCCAGUACUGGACUUUGAGAGUGGCCACAAAAGUAAUGUGUUCCAGGCCAAGUUUCUUCCUAACAGUGGUGAUUCCACUCUGGCCAUGUGUGCCCGUGACGGGCAGGUUCGGGUAGCAGAACUGUCUGCCACACAGUGUUGCAAGAAUACAAAACGUGUGGCCCAGCACAAGGGAGCGUCCCACAAGUUGGCACUGGAACCAGACUCUCCCUGUACGUUCUUAUCUGCAGGUGAAGAUGCAGUUGUUUUCACCAUUGACCUGAGACAAGACCGCCCAGCGUCGAAACUGGUGGUGACAAAAGAGAAAGAGAAGAAAGUGGGGCUGUAUACGAUCUAUGUGAAUCCUGCCAAUACCCACCAGUUUGCAGUGGGUGGACGAGAUCAGUUUGUAAGGAUUUAUGACCAGAGGAAAAUUGAUGAGAAUGAGAACAAUGGAGUACUCAAGAAGUUCUGUCCUCAUCACCUGGUGAACAGUGAGUCCAAAGCAAACAUCACCUGUCUUGUGUACAGCCACGACGGCACAGAGCUCCUGGCCAGUUACAAUGAUGAAGACAUUUACCUCUUCAACUCCUCUCACAGUGAUGGGGCCCAGUAUGUUAAGAGAUACAAGGGCCACAGAAAUAAUGCCACAGUAAAAGGCGUCAAUUUCUAUGGCCCCAAGAGUGAGUUUGUGGUGAGCGGUAGUGACUGUGGGCACAUCUUCCUCUGGGAGAAAUCAUCCUGCCAGAUUAUUCAGUUCAUGGAGGGGGACAAGGGAGGCGUGGUAAACUGUCUUGAGCCCCACCCUCACCUGCCUGUGCUGGCAACCAGUGGCCUAGACCAUGAUGUGAAGAUCUGGGCACCCACAGCUGAAGCCUCCACUGAGCUGAUAGGGUUAAAAGAUGUGAUUAAGAAGAACAAGCGGGAGCGGGAUGAAGAUAGCUUGCACCAUACUGACCUGUUUGAUAGUCACAUGCUGUGGUUCCUUAUGCAUCACCUGAGACAGAGACGCCAUCACCGGCGCUGGCGAGAACCUGGGGUUGGGGCCACAGACGCGGACUCUGAUGAGUCUCCCAGCUCCUCAGACACAUCGGACGAGGAGGAGGGCCCUGACCGGGUGCAGUGCAUGCCAUCUUGAGGCCUCAUACCUAGGUGGGGCAGGCUGGGGCUGCCAACCUGAUCCUGCCUGGGCAACCCUUUCCUGUCCCAGGCCCUACAUUCAGCAGAAACGCACUUUGGACUUUUUGCUUUAGAUAAAAGAAAGACAUCCCAGGAGAAGGACAAACCUCAGAGGAGUGAACCAACAAAGAGUACCUAGGAAUGGGAGUUGAGCCCUGGAAUGGGGCUCCAUGGAGAGGUGCAUAGGACUCAGCAGAAAUGGCCUCUCCCCAAAGCCUCUUUUUGAGAGGAGAGGGAAGCCUAUUUUGUUAACUGGUUUGGGAUAGGGAAUGGGGUUUCUUUUUCUUUAAUCUCCCUUGUUUCUUGGGCUGGGGGAUGUGGGGAGAACAACUGGCUAUUCAGUACCAAGGGGCCAGAGUGGAGGGUAGGAGUGCCACUCUCUCUUUGGUUUAGGUUUUUGACCUUUUCUUCCUUUGUUUUUUGAAAGUAUAUGACAGUUGGUUUUCCCCCCUCGGCAACCCCAUCCCAGAAUCCUAUUUUCCUGGGAAGUCCUUAAAGCCCCUAACCAUCCCACACUCUUCACUUUCCUUUCCACCUUAUUCAUUCUCUACUUAUCACAGUGUUUUGCACUUGAUUACAUAUCCUUCACUCUCUUCUCUUCAUCCCAUCACCCCCUAAAUAGGUCAGGUGAGGGAGGUUGGGAAGAGGUGGGAGGAGGGGCAGAAGUGAAGGAAGAAUAGGAAGGAUAUUACCUCUUCUGUUAUUUUUUUAAAAAACAUUGUUUGGUGGCAGCAAUCUCCCUGUCCCUAUCACUGUUAGAGGCCUAAUUUUAUAUCUAUAAAUAUAUUAAAAAGCAAGUCAAACUUGGAUGUAUCAAGGUAAAAUUAUUGUCAAAGUUUAAAUACCUAUAUAUUCUCUAUGAAUGCAAUAAAGGGACUUAAAGAGUGAACAAGAGUAAUGGUGUGGAGGUGACACCUGGGGUCAGUUUACCUCUAUGUAUGGUCACUAGAGAUUGGGACUUACCCUUUAGGUUUUAGGAGGCUCAAGAAUGGAAGGAUCCUCAUUUCUGCCCUUCCUGGUUCCUUGCUUUGGUGUAGGGGUUGGGAAAAACAGGAAAUCCUCCCAGCUCUUUGCCUCAGAUCUCCUACCUCUCCUUAAGUCUUGUAGUGGGUUCCAAGGAUGGCUCUUCUAACCAGAGGCUGGCCUGUCUUUAAAACUUAACUACUUUAGGGUGGUGCCACCACUGCAGACUAUUGUGGUACUUUGUGACAGAAGACAUGUACACACACACCACACACACAUACAUACUCACUCUCUCACUCUGUCUCUCUUACCUUUAGCUGCUUGAUCUUUAAGCCAUCCAACUUCAUGCCAGUUCCCUUCUUUAUAGAAGAGUGAAGGGAAAGACUUCCUGGGUUUGACUUAAACCUUCUCCACCUCUUGACAUGUUAGGAUUGAGGAAUAAGUCAUUAAUCUAAGGACUGAUUACAGUGGCUGGAGCUUGGGCACUUGUCUUAUCACUGGUCACUGAGUCUGAAAGUCCCAGCUGAAUUCUUGCCCUUAAGUGCUUUUGCUGCUAUUUUUUUUGCCCCCAGUUUCCACAAGAUUCAAUCAAGAAUUCUGUAUCCUGGGACAGUCAGAUUCUACUAAAUCAGGCCAGGAAGGAGGGGAAAAGAGAGAAUGGUAUUUCCAGAUACUUCUUCCUCCUGCCCCUUUUCCCAGCAGCUCUCAGACGAGAUGUUGGCUGCUGUACUUACUCCCUGAGGUAGGGAAUGUGUGGUGAUCGAGUGGUCUGUGUUCCUGUUGCUGGUGGGGUGAUAGGGUGGGCUAAAAACCAUGCACUCUGGAAUUUGUUGUAUUUUCUCCCAGUAAAGCUUUUCUUCUCCUGA